UGCCUUCACAAGUACCUUCUCAAGUAUCGUUGCAAGUACCUCAACAAAUACUUUCCCAAAUGCCUUCGCAAGCAUCUUUGCAAGCACCUCCACAAACAUCUUUAUAUAUACAAAUGCCUUUACAAAUAUCUUUUCAAGUGCCUUCACAUAUGUUUUCACAUGUAGCUUUACAAAUGCCACCACAAAUGCCAUCACAGAUACUACUACAACCACCAAUAUAUUUUCCGUUACAAAUAUCAAAUAAUUUUUCACCACAACUACCAAAUAAUUAUUUUCCAUACUUAUCUAAUAAUCUUUUACAAAUCUCAUCAAAUAUUCCUUUAUAUACAAUGCCGAAUAUCUCAGCACAACCUUAUUUUAUACCAUUUCUAAUUUUUCUUAAUUUACAACCUUUAUAUUCUUUGAUAAAUAAUUCAACAUUACAAGGAUCAUCAAUUUCUUCUAGCCCUGUUCCUAAGAUUGAUGAACCUUCAACGAUAGUUAUUAAUAAA